ACCAUCACUGUCAUUCUGUACUGACACUGCCAAAUUACCAAUAUUUUCCAAGACAAAAAACACCAAAAAACUAUCAACUUUCUUCUACUUAAGUUUCGUGUAUACUAUGUUUUAGAGUUACUUAUUUCUAUCACCAGUGGCUUAGUAAGACUGUAGUAAAGAUGCUGCGGUCAGUGAACCCUAUUCCUGAGGGUCCCCUGGUGGAUGCUUCCUUCGUGAAGGAGGUUGUGGUGGAAGACCAGCCGGCGCCCGCUGUGGAGGUGCGACCCGCGGAGCCAGCGCAGGACACAGAAGAGCGUAUAACCCUGCUCCCCUCCCCGCUGGAUGCCCUCGAGCGAGUGGACCGCCUGCUGGUGACCAGGAAGAUGCUGGUGCGCAGCGUGGUGCUGAUGACGGGCAAGAAGAACAGCUUCCAGGUGCGCGGAGCUGAUGACAGGGUGCUGUAUACUGUGGAGGAGAUUAACAGGUGGUGGUUCCUGCUAUACUCACUGCGUCCUCUGCACCUCCGCGUGCUCAAUGCUGAUGGGGAGGAGGUCAUCAGGAUGGUCCGCCCCUGCGCGCUCACGACCCGGAUAUUCCCGUGCCAGCUGCAGUCCCUCCGAGUGUACUCCCCGCCCGGGGCGCUGGCCGGCACGGUGCAGCAGCUCUACUCGCCGCUGAAGCCCAUCUAUGCCGUCAAGAACGCGGACGGGGAUGUCGUGUUUGAGAUUGAAGUGACAAACGCUGCUGGUCUACCUAAAGCUAGUGUGUCCCGGGUGUGUCCGUGCCAGCUGCAGUCCCUCCGGGUCUACUCCCCGCCCGGGGCGCUGGCGGGCACGGUGCAACAGCUCUACUCGCCGCUGAAGCCCAUCUAUGCCGUCAAGAACGCGGAUGGGGAUGUGGUGUUUGAGAUUGAAGGUCCCCGCAUCACGACGUGUCUGUUCAAGGACGUGGAGUUCAGCAUCAGCCGGCCGGGGGGCCGCCGGGUGGGGGCCGCCUCCAAGCUGUGGCAGGGGGUCACGCACAUGAUGUUUGUGGGGCCGCUGUCGGGCAGGUUCAGCCUAUCCUUCGAGAAGAGCCUCUCCUCACAGGAGAAGGCUCUGCUGCUGGCCGCGUCGCUGCUCAUCGACUACGUCUACUACGACGCCUGAAGGGUUAACUAAUGCCACUUGUGAUGCGACGCUUGACGGGUUAAUUUAAAAAAGUGCUUGUAAGGCGACGCGUAAUGGGUUAACUAAUAAAGUGAUUGUAUUGUCUAUUGUUUUGUAUA